AUGGAGAAGAAAAACAGAGUGGCCACAUUGCCCCAACCAAACCCCAUGUGCGGCGGUGACGGUCCACAUAGUUAUGCUCGCAAUUCUUCUUACCAAAAAGCCGUUAUAGAUUGUGCAAAAACAAAGAUCAAAGAAGUCAUUUUAGAAAAACUCGACCUUGCACACAUGUGUUUGGAUCUUAAUACUUUUAAAAUCGCAGAUUUCGGUUGUUCGGUUGGACCAAACACUUUUGAUGUUGUUCAAACCAUCGUAGAGACGGUGAAACGGAGAUACGAACAACAAAAUAUUAGAGAAGCCCAAAAACAUCUUGAAUUUCAUGUUUUCUUCAACGAUCAAUCCAAUAACGAUUUCAAUACUCUUUUUAAAAACCGAUUUCUAUCUGUUUGUAAACCAUAUUUUAUCGCGGGAGUACCUGGCUCCUUCUACGAUCGAGUACUUCCAAGAAACACCAUCAAUAUUGGACACACUUCCUACACACUUCAUUGGUUGUCCAAAAUUCCCAAAGAAGUGUGCAACAUAAAUUCUCUAGGUCGGAACAAACACAACAUUUCGUGUUCUAAUCUGGUGGAAGAGAUGUCCAAAGCUUACAAAUCUCAGUUCGAGAAGGACAUGGGGGAUUUUCUUGGAGCUAGAGCGGAAGAGCUUGUGUCCGAAGGUUUCAUGAUCAUGUCGGGAAUGUGUUUACCCGACGGUGUCCCAAUGGUUCGGACAUGGAAGGGUGUUGCCAUUGAUACGAUGCGAGACUGUCUGAUUGAUAUGGCCAACUCGAGAAUACUAAACAAAGAAAGGGUCGAAUCGUUCAGUUUGCCUUUAUACUUCCCGCAUAUGAGUGAAUUGGAAGAAGUGAUAAAGCAAAAUGAGUGUUUUAGCAUUGAAGUGUUGGAGAGAAUGAUUCAUCCUAUGGAGGAUUUGCCAUUAACCAAUGACUUCAUAGCCUCGACAUAUAGAGCCAUUUUCCACGGACUCAUAGAGGAAUUCUUCGGAGAUGGGGUGGUCGAUGAAUUAUUCGACCGAUUUGCUAAGAGACUAGAGACACACCCCAUUGAUUUCCAAACAUGUGUGAAGGAUAUUCAAUAUUUUGUUUUACUUAAGCGGAAUUCCCAUUGAGAUGUGGCGCGAAAUUCAGUUGUCACGUUUCGUUUUUAUUGUCUUCGAAUGUCUUUAUGUAAUAAAUGCAAGUGUUCGAAAACGUUUUGGUUUGGAUAUUAUCAGGAUCUGUUUGG